UCUGCAGGCAGCAGAGGCGCCAGCGCAGGCAGGGUCGCAUCCUGUYCGUCACCCUGUCCGUCCCCCUGCCCACCCCAUCGCCUCCGGCCACACAGACGCCCCCGUGGCCGGGCAGAGGGGACCCCAUGGAUGACGACCACCCCCUCUUCAUCACCUUCAAACCCAUGGGUGAGGACAGCACGGCCAGAGCCAAGCCAGCAGCCAGCACAGCGCCCAGCCAGCCCCAGGGGACAGAGCAGUCCCCAGGACACCACGACAGACAUGGCAGGGUCCCUCCRGGCUCCAGGUCACCUCCACCAGCCCAGUCCCAGCCUGAGGCAGACCCGCGGCCCGAAYUGGUGGCCCUGCGUGCCCAGACGAGCCUGUGGUUCCAGCAGACACAAGCCCAGAGGUUGGGGCCCAAGGGGGAGCUCCCAGCGUGGUUCCACGGCUUCAUCAGCCGGAGGGAGGCAGAGGAGCUGCUGCAGGAUCAACCCCUGGGCUGUUUCCUGGUCCGCUUCAGCGAGAGCACCGUCGGCUUCGUGCUCUCCUACAGGGGCACGGAUCGCUGCCGCCACUUUGUCCUGGACCAGCUGCCGGACGGGCGCUACGUGAUCCUGGGGGAGCGCAGAGCCCACGCCGAGCUGGCCGAGCUGCUGCAGCACCACGCCAKGGCUCCCGUCACACCGUACCACGAGUUUCUCACCGUGCCCCUGCCGUGCGCAAGGAAAGAGCAGCCCCGAGGACGGACACAGCCCGCAGCCGGCAGCGAUGCUUCACGUUCCCCAGCAGAGCUCCUGGAGUACAGCUCUGUGUCCCUGGAGUCCCCCAGAGCCGAGGGUGGCUCCUCCAGGGAGGCUCCCAGCGUCCCCCCGUCACUCCCUGCCAAGKCCAGCUCCCGGGGCGCUCCUCAGGGGCCGCACAGCCCCGCCGGCAGCUCAGCAACGCCCGACGCUCCCUACGCCCGGGUGCGCAAAGGAGGCGCCCGCCCCGAUCCCCCCGCGCCGCCCGAGGCCAAGUACCAGCAGCUCAUGCGUUUCCACAUCUACGCCGAGCCCCAAGAGGACAUCGCYCCAAACCGCUGCGAGCCGGGGAAACUCAGCCCUGAGGAGCCCAUCCCUUUCUACGCCAUGGCCCGGGGAUGGAGCCCCCGCGCCCAGCCCGAGGAGAACAUCUACUCCGAGGUGGCCGUGGCCCGCCAGGAUCUCCCCACCAGGCAGGAUCUCCCCACCAGGCAGGAUCCGCCCGCUCGGCUCCCCAUGGCUCCCCAAAAUGCCUUCUCCACGCUGUCCCCCAAACCCCGGCCCCACCGCCGGCUUUUCCGCAGCGUCUCCAGCCAGGACUGCAAGAGGAGGCAGCUGUCGGCAGCUCCCAGCGUGGACAGGAAGGACAGAGGAGCCUCCAGCACGGGCACACAGGUGGUGCCGAACCCUGCCCUGCAGUUGGAUGACCCCGUGUACAGCCGGAGCACACGUGGGGAGCAGCAAAGCACAGCCAUGGCUGAGAAUGUGUACGAGCAGCUGCCUGGGGACUGCUCCUGAGCCAGAUGGGCCAAGGACAAGACCUGGCUCCAGGCAGCAGGAACCUCAGCCUCCAUUUCCCUGAAGGAAUGAAGCCCUUGGUCCUGGGRGGAGAGAUCUGAGGCUGCUGUUGGCCCCAGCGAGGUCGGUUUGCUCCAUGGAGAGCCCCUGCUCCUCCUGCUUCACAAUCCUCUGGGACAGCACAGUUGGGAACAAGAUUACCAUACCCAUGAACAUUCUCCAAGAGACUUCUCUUAAUAAAAUGAGGGUGGAAAAGGCCAUUACAGGAAAAACAGGGAUGCAUUCAGCACAGUUGGUGCAUCCAGUUGGAYAUUAAAUUGGCCAGAAGGUGGAGAGAUGCCACAGCCAGGGCCACGCAGAACUUWCCCAGCCUGGAGUCUACACUCCAAGCCCUGCCUGCUUCCUCAGCCACAAAAUUUGGGAUGACACCACUGCCCCAGGGCUGCCCUGUGGGGCACAAACCCUGCUGGAAUAACACAGCAGUGCCAUGGUGCUYCCAGCUCAACAGGAGCAGGGAGCCAUGAUGGCCAAAACCCUGGCUCAGAGUGAAAAGCAGUGUAGCUGUUUUAUCCAUGGGAUAAAUCACUUUGAAUUUUCACAAACUUGAAUUUUCUUGCUCUUAAGACAGCUGAAAGUGGAGCACAAGCGCUUGGAACUCCCCCUUGGUGCUAAACCUGAGCUKUUACCACAACAGGAAAUGGAAAGGGGAACCCAGGAGUUCCAACCCCCACAAAGGCUGUGCUCCACACCACAAAAUCCCCAAGCCAAGAGGGUACCUGGAGAAAAAUCCCAGCCCCUUGUGAUGGAAACGGGGCUGGGUGGCUUCAUUUAAAAGUUUAUUCCUUUAUCAAACCUCUUCGGAGAGGAUUUCACUGUACAUACAAGAUAUGAAUAAAUUACUCAACAGUAACUUUAUUCUGAUCAUUCAAAUACUCAAAACGGGCUCUGCAAARUACUAAACAUCCAGGGAACUAAACUAAAAAUGAGAUUAGUUUAAAAUGUUCUACGAAAAGACUUCAGUCAUGGGGGUUUGCUUGUUUUUAAGAGGUAACACGGCAGAAA